AUGGAUGUUACGCCCAGCUCGGCGGAUGAUCGGAAGGUUCCAUCCAUUGCUGUCUCGCAGCAUGGACCGCAGACGGGAAUUGAGAACCACCCACCUCCCACUCCACUCAUUAAAAAUAAAAACUACGCCGGCCCACCCAUUCCUCUGAAGGAAAAACGUCAUUCCUCUUCCAUUUAUAAUGUCAGCCAGGAUCGUCAUCUUAUCCAGCUGCCUCUCAUUAAGGGUAAGUACAGUCACGUGAUACUUGUACUUAUAGAGCGCUAA